GAUAGAAAAUACCAAAAGCACCAACAAGAUGUAUAUUAAGCAAUUUGUAAAAGGAAAUGUUGAUGCUAUAUACGAUAUUAUAAGAAAAAAGUUUUUUUUGGCCAAUGCUCCCAAUAGUGAUAUUUCUGAUCUUAUUUAUCAAGUGUAA